CUUAGCGUCUUUUCUCCCGAGCAGGAGGAAGGCAGGAACAGAAGGGCAUUGAUGGAUAUCCCCCAAAUGUUUCCCUUUUGGGAUGGAGGAGAAAAAGCAGCUGGGCCUCCAACUCAGAUCUCUGUGUCUUUUGAAGAGGUGGCUGUGUACUUCACAGAAGAGGAAUGGGCACUGCUGGAUUCUAGCCAAAAAUCUUUGUACAAGGAAAUCAUGCUGGAGAUUUCUAGGAAUGUGGCUACUCUCAGUUAUGAUCAAGAGAAUGAGCAUGACAAGGAGUCAUGGGAAGUGCCAUUGCAAACAAUCAAGCAGGAGGUGGAAGAACUGAUUAUUGAAAAGCAAGGGAAACAAAGAAAGCAAGACAGAAUCUACUCAAAGGAUGGAGAGGAGAAAUUUCCUCCUCUGUGUAUUGAACUCCAUAACUUCCCUAUCCAGGCAGAUCCGAAAAGGAAGAGAAAAUACCCAGAAUGUGACGAAAGAGACAAAAAUAAAUUUGUUUUAAAUGAAUAUUGCAAAACCCAGACUAAAUGGAAACCAUAUAAAUAUAGACAGCAUGAGAAAAUCUGA